AUGGAGAAGAUGUCCCGACAUCCCGUCCAGUUCGUGCCCGCGGCGACGCACGGAGUGCUGAAGUCUCUGCUGGAGACCCCGAUGAAGCUGCCGCUGCAUCAUGAAGGUGAAGUCUCUUUCAGCAAGGAGAAGGAGAAGAACCUGGAGGAGGAGCGCAGCGCCCCCCAGUCGGCCUUCCUGGGCCCCACGCUGUGGGACAAGACCCUGGCCUACGACGGGGACUCCUUCCAGCUGGAGUACAUGGACCUGGAGGAGUUCCUGUCAGAGAACGGCAUCUCCUCUUCCGGCACCUCGCAGCAGCACGGGCGCCACCAACCGCACCAGCCGCCGGUCGUGUCCCGAGCCCCGCCCACGCCGGCGCCCUCGGUCAUGGACCUCAGCAGCCACGCCUCCACCUCCGUCUCUCUGAGCUGUCUGCGCGGCAGCCCGGCAAGAGCAGGUAACAUUUCACUUUGCCUCCCGAGCUCCAGGACCACCAGCCACGGGGACCCCGACUCCAUCCGGGUCCCCGUCGGGUACGAGCCCGACCCGGCCGACCUGGCGCUGUCCAGCGUUCCGGGUCAGGAGAUGUUCGAUCCGCGCAAACGCAAGUUCUCGGCCGAGGAGCUGAAGCCGCAGCCGAUGAUCAAGAAGGCUCGAAAGAUCUUCAUCCCCGAGGACCUGAAGGAUGACAAAUACUGGUCCCGGCGCAGGAAGAACAACGUGGCGGCCAAGCGGUCCCGGGACGCCCGGCGGCUCAAAGAGAACCAGAUCGCCAUCCGGGCCUCAUUCCUGGAGAAGGAGAACUCGGCUCUGAGGCACGAGGUGGCCGAGCUGAGGAAGGAACUGGGACGCUCCAAGAGCUCGCUGGCCAAGUACGAGGCCCGGCUGUGAGGA